AUGUGUGAGAGUGAGCUGGAUUUGGAGGAUGGCAGCACGUCAGAGUUGUCAGGCCAAUGGACUGAUGGUUGGAGCACCGAUUCGAGUGACGAAGAUGAUUCAAACGGGUCGGAGGAACCGCAUACUGACGAAGGUGAUAGUGGCCCCAGUGAAUACCAAGGUUGCGAUGGAGGUGGAUGCGACGUAGAUGCCUCAACAGAGGAUCAUGGCAACUCAGGGAAUAUCGUCGGUGAACAAUGUAGCAGCCCAGACCCUGUGAAUGGUUCUCCGUUGUUAUCUGCAGAAUUUACUGGGGUUGAAGAUGCCUACACAAGGUAUGUGGCGUAUGCGAAGGAUAUUGGUUUUGCUGUGAGAAAGGGAGAUUCUGUUAAAGAUGAGGAUGGGAUUCUUGUCAGAAAGUUUUUCUAUUGCAAUCGGCAAGGGCUGCGGGAAAAGAAGCACUACGAGAGGGUUGACAGAAAAAGGCCACAUAAACCGGAGACAAGGACGAAUUGCAAUGCCAAGCUUGUUGUAUUUCUGGACAAAAGUUGUGGGAAGUGGAGGACGAAGGCAUUAGUGGAGGAGCAUAAUCACGACUUGGCAUCCCCAGCGUUCACUAAUGUAAUGGCACCGCAUAGGAAGAUCACAGAAGGUCACAAAGCACAUAUACAUAGCAUGCAUGAAGCCGGGUUCCAGACAACUCAAAUCAUGGGCUUCUUUGCCCAUAUGUGUGGUGGAUAUCGCAAUCUAAACUUCAUAAGUAAGGACUUGUAUAAUUAUAUGGAUGGAGUUAGGCAAACUAGGAUCGUGGAGGGAGAUGCAGCCGCAGCAAUAAGCUACUUGAAGGGCAAGGCUGAGUUGGAUCCUAUGGCAGUUGUGCAGUAUACGUAUUGCGCUGAGAAGCACCUCGGUCACAUGUUUUGGUCCGAUGGUCUCAUGCAGCAUGACUACGAAUGCUUUGGUGAUGUGUUGGCAUUCGACUCGACGUAUAGGAAAAACUUAUACAACAGACCUCUUGUAAUAUUUUCAGGCACCAACCACCACAGACAGACAAUUAUUUUUGGGUUUGGUUUGCUUGAGGACGAGAAGAUUCCGUCCUACAAAUGGUUGCUAAGUAGCUUCUUGGAGGUAAUGAGGCACAAGGAGCCGAAAGUGGUUGUCACAGAUGGUGAUGAGUCCAUGCGAGAGGACAAAGAUUUUUGUGCUGCGUUUAAGACUGCUGUGUAUGGUCACUUUGAUGUGGAAGAGUUUGACAACUAUUGGGUGGACAUGGUCACGUCGUUCGGUCUAGGGGACAACGAUUGGGUUGCAAAGACGUACGAAAAGAGAGAGAUGUGGGCAAAUGCUUACUUGUGUGGAAAAUUUUGUGCCGGCAUUCGAACUACUUCUCGGUGCGAGGGUAUUAAUUCAUCAUUGAAGAAAUUUAUCAAAUCUGGGAAUUGCUUACUUGAGUUGGUUGAGAACCUGGAUCGAGUUGUUAAGGAUUACCGGAACAAUGAAUUCAUUGCAGAUUACAAGACUCUUUACUCUAAUCCGGUGAUGACAAUGGGUCUCGAAACCUUGGAAAGAUCUGCGAGCAAGUUGUACACGAGGGAGAUAUUCUACGAGGUGCAAAAACAGAUUGAGGGCGUCGCGGCAUUGUUAAUCUUGCAUAGGGACAGUUUUGGUAGCACCGAGAAGUUCAUGUUUAGAAAGUUUCGAAGGCCCCAUCAUGUGUACUCGGUAUUCUUGGAUAGAAGUUGUGAUAAGUAUGCAUGUUCUUGUAAGUUGUGGGAGAGAUUAGGGAUCCCUUGCUGCCAUAUAUUUUGUGUCCUCAAAGAGCUAGAGAAAGAAGAGUUGCCGAGCCAAUUGGUGAUUCGUAGGUGGUGCAAAGAUGCCAAAGUAGCCGACAGCAACAGUAUGGAUGCGGCAUUGGAUCCCACGGAAGGAUUUUGCGUUAGAUACGGCGCAUUGUGGAGUGCUUGCCUGUCGAUGUGUUUUUGA